UACUUCCACAGAGGUGGGAGUCAUUUCCGAGCAAUGGAUAGUCAGAGAGCUACAGGAGGAGGCAGGUUUGCAGAGAACACAAGGAGUGAGUGUGUAGACCUCCCUCCCUCUCCUCUGAGUGUGAUGGGGAGGAGUUGGCCAGAGGCAGGAGGCAGGCUGUAGUACGACGCCGUGUCGGAGGCAGAGAGAGAGAGCGCGGACCCGUGAGCUGGGAGCUGUCAGCUGCCACCGCCUUCCACCACGCAGUUUCUGCGGAUUCGCUCCUGACGCUUCAUACGAGCAGGAAUCAGUUGGUGUCGCUUGAAGGGGAGCUUUUUUUAGACGCGAGGGAAGUUUUUGUUUCACGCCUGAGUGGGACAGAGCAUCUGCAAUAUCAAAUUUGAGCGACGGCAGAUUCCUAUAGGCCUUCGAGGGUCGUGAGGUCGCAGGUCGAUCCUUGUGAGGAAGCAUCAUUCCAGAGGAGCGUCCAAAGUUCUCGCAAAGGCCUUUUAUUCAAAGCGCCCGGAACCGAAGAAGACGGUCUCCAUGCAGUCGCCAAAACCCUGAGAAGCGAACACUGCAGGUGGGCUCCUGGUUCCGAGGGGCCGUGUGGACAGUAAGCAUGGCUCGGCUGUGGCUCGCGGCCUACGCCGUCCUGCUCCUUGGCUGCUUUCACACAGCCCUCAUGGAUAAUGAUGUCACUCCACGCCUCAGCUUCACGUACAAUGCCAAGGAAAGGACAACCAGGAGUUUCUCCACCAGCGGCGUCUUCAACUACACCUCUAUUCUCCUCAGCAAAGAAGAUAACAGGCUGUAUGUUGGCGCUCGGGAGAAUCUCUUUGCGCUCAACCUCUCUGAUAUCAGCGCAGCCGAGCUACAGAGACAUCUCACGUGGAAGACGCCGAAGACCAAGAGAGACGAGUGCAGUUUCAAAGGCAAGAACCCGCAGACGGAUUGCUUCAACUAUGUCAAGAUUCUGCUGCGCAUGAACAGCACCCACCUGUACGCGUGUGGAACGUAUGCCUUCAGCCCCAUCUGCGCUUUCAUAAACACUGCAGAUUUCUCCCUGGUCAGGAGCGACAGCGGUGAGGUUGUCACGGAGGACGGACGGAGCCGCUGCCCCUUCAACCCCGAGUACAAGUCCACGGCCAUCAUGGCGGAUGGAGAGCUGUACGCCGGGACCGUCAGCAACUUCCAAGGAAACGAACCCAUCAUCUAUAAAAGCCUGAGCCAAGGAACCUCUCUGAAAACGGAAAACUCACUCAACUGGCUUCAAGAACCGGCCUUUGUGGGUUCCGCCUACAUCCGGGAGAGCCUGCCCGAGGGCAACGCGGUGGGCGACGACGAUAAGGUCUACUUCUUCUUCAGCGAAGCGGGGACGGAGUUUGAUUUCUUCGACAACACCGUGGUGUCGCGCAUCGCCCGCGUGUGUAAGGGUGACAUGGGAGGCGAGCGGGUGCUGCAGAAGAAAUGGACCACCUUCCUGAAAGCCCAGCUCCUGUGCUCCUUGCCCGAUGACGGCUUUCCUUUCAACAUCAUCCAGGACAUGUUUGUGCUGACCCCCAGCUCCACGGACUGGAGGAACACCGUGUUUUAUGGAGUCUUCACAUCCCAGUGGUACAAGGGGGCUUCGGGAAGCUCUGCAGUGUGUUCCUUCACCAUGGACCAGGUGGACAAAGCGUUCAACGGGCGAUACAGAGAAGUGAACCGGGAGACGCAGCAGUGGUACACGUACAACCAUCCGGUGCCAGAGCCUCGGCCUGGAGCGUGCAUCACCAACGCGGCGCGGGAGCAGAGCAUCACCUCCUCGCUGCACAUGCCGGACAAGGUGCUGAACUUCCUCAAAGACCACUUCCUGAUGGACUCGGUGAUCCGGAGCCAGCCUCUCCUGCUGAAGCGCAACGUGCGCUACACGCAGAUCGCCGUGGACCGGGUCCAGGCCGGGCGCGGGGCCUAUAACGUGCUGUUCAUCGGGACAGACGACGGAAGGCUUCAUAAAGCCACUAACGUCAACAACAAGAUGCACAUCAUCGAGGAGAUGGUGCUGUUCCGUGAUUCCCAGCCGGUGCAGCACAUGGAGCUGGACACGGAAAAGGGUCGGCUUUACGUCUCCUCCUUCUCUGAGCUGGUGGAGGUCCCGGUGGCCAACUGCACCAACUACCAGAGCUGCGGGGAGUGCGUGCUCUCCAGGGACCCGUACUGCGCGUGGGACGGGAGGCGGUGCGUGGACGCCAGGCGCGCUUCUACCCGGAGUGCCUUGCACCAAGACGUGGACGAAGCGGACACGUCUGUUUGUAACAAGACACAGCCGAGUCCAAGGUCCCCUAAAACUCAUCUCACCCGAACGUCUUCGUGCCAGGCGAUUGUUAUUCCAGCCAACACGUUCAAGGUGCUGCCCUGCAAGCUGCGCUCCAACCUGGCGGAGAGGAGGUGGGUGUUCAGCGGCAGCGCGGGCCACUUCCACUACCCCGGCCCGGAGGGGGGGCUGGUGGUGGUGGCCCAGGCCGGCAGGCAGCAGGGCUACGAGUGCUGGUCGGUGGAGGAGGGCUUCCGGCAGCUGCUGGCCAACUACUGCGUGCGCGGCGAGGCCGGGCACGAGAGCACCACGCUGACGGGCCACUCCCGCACGCCGCAGGUCCCCCGGGAGGAGAUCAUCAUCCUGCCGGGGGAGGCGCGCUCGCCGCAGGUCAACACCAAGACGUACUGGAACGAGCUGAUCGUGGUGUGCGCCCUCCUGGUGUCCUCCCUGGUGGUCUUCUCGCUCUUCGUCAUCUACAGGCACCGCGGCCACAUGAAGUCCAUGCUGAAGGAAGGCGAGUGCGCCAACAUGCAGCAGAGGAAGCCCAGGGCGGCGGCGAAACCUCUCGCCGAGAACCUGCCGGUCAACGGCGCCGCCGCGCCGCCGUCGGCGUCCGACCACAAGGGCUACCAGUCCCUGAACGACAACUACAUCUGCAGCACGCCGCCCCACGAGUGCUCGUCGCCGGACAACAGCAGGGGCUCCUCCGAGUCGGAGAAGAGGCCCCUGAACUUGAAGGAGAGCCGCGUGGAAAUAUCCCCGACGUGCCCGCGUCCCCGCGUCAGACUGGGCCCCGAGAUUAAGGACUCCAUAGUGUGAGGCACGUGAAGUGACUUGUCUUAAGGUGGAGGCAAAGCAAAGCGUGUACUUGCAGAGACAGACGAUACGAGGGGGGGGGGGGGGGGGUGUGUUUAUGCGGAGAGACGCUUCAUGCACGGAUUUGCACUUUGUCCUUUUUCCCGUUUUGUCCCGGUGGUCCGUGCUCGUUUCAUUCCCCUCUCACGCCCCCUUUUUUACUCAAGUGCGUUCCCGUUCUGCCUUCGGACCUUUUGGCGCUUGCGGGAAUGUAACAAGCGGCGCCGGAACCGUAAUUCGGCGAUUUCAGAGCACCGCCUCUCCGCCCAGCCGUAUAAUUUGCCCCGGCGACGCUUUGGAAGGCAGAGCGAUACUCAAACACGCUCCGGCUACCGGGUGACAGCGCGUCUGCCGCUUUAUUAUCAUUGUGUCAUCAGAUAAGAGCCUACUGUUCACUGAGGCUAUGCACUAUGUACCGCACUGUACCGUAGCAAAGCAAACACUCACCACCGCAGCGGCGGCAGACGAGGGGGACGCCUCCUGUCGCAGCUUCUUAGACAGCCUGCGUGCACUCAUGCAACUACACUCACUGUUUACGCCGACACAUGUUACACGGAUACAGAAACAAUUCAGAGACUUGUGUAGAGAUUGAGGAGAUCAAUCAAAAAAAGAGAUUUUAAAGUGAAAAGAAGGUAUCGCCUCAGCUGUAAGAUGUGAAAACGACACACCAAAAAAAAAAAACAAUAUAUUCACAAAUAUUUUUGUAUAAGUGUUGAUAUUAUUAGUGGGUACAAACUUGUCUCUGUGGACUAACGGGGCUUUCUUUACACAAAUGUGAUGAAGGGGAAUUAAAGCUCAUUCCAGGUAUUCUCAUGCUGUGCUUCAUCAGAUAGGCAUCCUAUGCAAAGCAAAUAAUGUGAAGUGAGGCGAACACAGAGAAACCUCACCUCGGUUCGGUAAGCACAAGGGUGUUGGCGCUGUUAAUUACUUUAGAUCAGUGACACUGCAAACACACACUCUCAUCCCACCAACCUUAGUAUGCAAGAGAUUUUAGCCAUUUUGAUGAAUUUUAGAGAGACAAAUAUCUGACAAACCGAUUAAAUCCAUCAUUACGUGGCCAAAAGUUUCUUUGACUUGAGAGACGUCAUCACAUUCACUGUUCAACUCCUGUGGUAUGAAUCACUUUUCUAAAUGUGAAAUAACACAAGCUAUUUAAAAACUACUCCUAUUCAUGAUCAGAUUUAGAUAACACACAUCUAUAUAGCCUUGAUUUUGAUAAACAUAAUAAAUGGUGAGUAAUAAUAGAAGAAAAUACCCUCCGCUUGCUUAUGUGGUUGAAAAGGCGACCAUCAGAGCAAUAACUUUAACUACUUAACUAUUCUCAUCCAAGCGUUGUGCGUUUCCGUUUCCAUGACCCAUCUGUGUGUUCAGACGCUGAUGAAUUGUGCACCAUAUGAAAUAACUUGAAAGCAUUUCUCUUGUCAAAUAAGUCUUCAUUGAGUUCGGCGCUAGUGUUGUAAUGUGGCCCGCAAAUUAAAAGUCCAUCAAAGUGCAGGAAGGCACACUGCUCGACUGAAUGCAUAGGAUUUGCACAUGAUGUUGAAAAGCCUUAGUACAAAUGCAGGUUAUGGAUUUGUUGACAAAUCUGCCUUGGGAGAAAUAAAUAAUGCCUUCUGAAACAAUAAUCAAGAGAUGUGCCUCUUGGGACAAUACCUAACCAGGCUGUAGAGUCAAUCGCUACACUGUAGGUGUGACAGGACCGGCCGUGCUCAGAAACACGAGUGAGAACAGUGAGUAAAUGUCAUUUAAUUUAAUAUCAGUGUUGUACAGUAUGCGCUCAUGAGUUGUUUUUACUUUUGUUACAGUGGCUUCAAGUCAGGGACUAAAGUUUAUUUUAUAACUGUAGCACAUAAAUAACCACUGGGUGAUUUUAAACUAUUGAAUUAUAGAUUGUAAGCAUUAGUAUUAUGUCGCAUUUCUCGUAAAUGUCACAGCGAAAAUAAAUUCAAAAGACUGGUCGACUAUAGUCUGUCGCACAGUAUGAAAGAUUCACGCUCAUAGACUGUUAUUAAAAACAAACAAGCAGCAGCUUUUGGUGAAGUAGCUGUCAUCGAAACAAUGUUAAAUUUGCACAAGUGCAGAUUAAAAAUGAUGUGGCAGUGAUUUAGCAAAAUGUGUGCAGGUGCUGAACAUGCCUAAGCCUAUUAGAGCCACAGUGAGAGUAUUGUUGUAUUGAGUCACUAUAGUCAGGCCUUUUAUUUGUGACAGUACACGUUGCUCGGACUCUUGUCAACAUGUAAGUAAAAGGUUUUUAAUGUAAAAUUGUUUUGUAAAUUCAGCUGCCAAUGUAAAAAAUAUUGUGAAUUGUAUUUUUUUGUAUAAUACAUCACUACUGUUUUUGUAUUGUGUACAUAAAAGCACUUUAUUUUAAUUUUUCAAAUAAAGAUCAAAUGGAUACUUUU